AUGAGGGACGAAAAUAAUUACUACCUUUAUGAAGAUAGCUCGGUACAACAUGUUAAUCAGCCGGGCCACGGUCUAGUAGAGAGCUUUGACAAGCUCAGCUAUAAUUUAAAAGAAGAUGAGGAUUUCGCUUAUGAUGCAAUACAGUAUAUUAGGAACAUUCCGUAUAGCUUAAAUGCUUAUGAAGAUGAUGAUACAGAGCGGUCGAAGUUUUCCAUCGCCGGAUGA